UUGUUUGAAUUUAUAUUUGUAGCUUUCACUUUCUUUCUCACGUAAAUGCUUUUCGGCCUUCGUCGAUGCAUUAUUCUUGACUCUCGAGUUGUUGCCAAAGAGGGAUGAUAGGCCUUGCAUAGUUGCAUUGAGCGUGAACUCUUGGGUCCAUGCGUAAGGAUUAUUUUAGAGUUUGGCAUAUAUAGGUAUUAGGUAUUAAAUAGUUUCUUUCCUUACCAAAUACUGUUGAGUAUAAUAGGUAUUUUUGGGAGAAAAAAAAGUGUGGACUCCAUAAUCCAUGCGUGCGUUGUGCUGGGAAAUAAUUUCUCCAUUGGAAAAUAAUUGGUAAUCUACUACUAGUCAAAGCAUGAUUAGAGAGAGAGAAUUUAGUAGCUGUCUGUAAUGUUCCCAAGUUAGCUUCUUGUUUGGCCUUUUUAUUUUAAAACUAGAAAACCAAGGCCAUAUUUGCUCACGACAUGGUCUUCUAUUAUAUUUCAUAUUGUUAUUCGUGCAGGCCACUAUAAACUCUGCCUCUCUGUAACAUCCACUUCUUUAAUUUGUCAUAUUUACCUGAAUAUUUUUGGACAAUUCUGAUAGUUGCUAAUCCAGUUCAUUAGUUUAAAUCGAUUCAAGAUUUCAACCUAGCUUUUUUUUUUUGCUAUUCUUUCAAUGGGUCUACAUUCAUCUCUUUCAUUCUCUAUGUUCCUUGUUCGAUCGUUCUUCUCUUACUUUCUUCCAUGCCUACAAUCUAUUUUUACUUGAUAUUCAUUUUCUCCAUGAGGAAGAAAGCUUUCUGCUAUGUCUUCUUCUCUCGGAUGGUGUCUGUCUUUUCUUGUUAUAUGGGUCUUCUUUUCCUUCUUUUUUCUACCAAAGUCAGCGGCCUUGGCUCCUCUUCUACUAUAGCUGUAAUCUAUGGUUCUAGCACCGUUGUGUGUGGCAUACUCGCUGGGAAAUCUUCCCAGGGGAUCCAAUGUUAUCAGCAGGGGAAAACAUUUUCGGUCUUGCCAAACAUCUCGUAUGAAGCUGUUUCUGGCGGGAAAGACUUUUUCUGUGGUAUAGCUUCUGGAGGGUCCGACCUCUUUUGCUGGGACACAAGGUUUUCCAACACCAGUUCUUUCCGUGGCAAGAGAAUUUACCAUAGUACCCGUUUCCCUUUGACUGAUCUAGCAGUUGGAGAUGAUCAAGUAUGUGCAGUGCAGGCCAGAACAUGGAAUGUUCGGUGUUGGCUAAGAGAAGGAAAAUUCUCUCUCCUUUCCCCAACUUUGCCACCUGAAGGAGAAACUGAAUUCCUUGUUAUUACAUCAGGUGAAGGGUUUUCCUGUGGGAUAGUGAAGGAUGAGAGGAAUGUAUUGUGUUGGGGUAGAAGUGGGAUUGGAGACUUUAUUGAGAGAGAGUUUGGUAAUCUAGCAAUGUUAAGCUUAGUUGCUGGGAAAUCUCAUGUUUGUGGGAUUUCUAUGUCAGGGGUAUUAAUCUGUAAAGGGGAUAAUGAUUCAGGCCAACUUGAUAUCCCUUUUGAUAGCGUACCAUUUCAUUUUUCCGAGCUUGCUUCUGGUGGGACUUAUUCCUGUGCUUUGCAACGGAGCAAUGGCUCGGUCAUCUGCUGGGGCAAUGGAGGAAAUACAUCAGCUAUAAUUGAUCAGAAAAUUGAGACACUCUCAUUUCAAUCCAUUGUUGCUGGUGUGGAUUUUUCCUGUGGUUUAAAAGUUGGUGAUUUUACCCUCCAUUGUUGGGGUCCAGGUUGGUCUGUUAAUACAUCACUUCCAUUGCCAAGUAUGAUUCCUGGAAAAUGUGUUCAAGGAUCAUGUCUACUUUGCGGUGUAUUUCCGGGUUCAGAAGCACUCUGUAGUGGUGAGGAUAUGCAUAUAUGUAGAUCAUGUGUAAUUGAGCUUCCACUUUCAUCAAGCUGGCCUAGAAGGAAUAAUUUAGUUUCACCAGAAGUUUCGGCUCAGCCUGCUCCAUCACCAAUGGCAAUUUCACCAUCAUUUCCGAUUGCAUCAUUACCAUAUGACCAGGAUGAAAAGCACCGGCCUCUCUGGGCAUAUGAGGUAUUUGGUUUUAUUGGUAUCAUUUCUGGAAUACUUGCUCUUGGUUUUUUUAUCUAUACCCUUUGUAGAUCAAAAUCCUCAAGAGGUGGGAAGUUCCAAAAUGAUAUGAAUCACAAGGUACUUGCUUCUAUUGCGAGUAACGAUGCUGGUGAUUCAGCUUUUAUAGCAAGUAAUGCUUCAAGUGCACCUCAGUCAAGAUCAUCGUCAAUCACACAGUUUAGUUCUACGACCUUUGGGCGUACGAGGAGCUGGGAUUAUUCAUCAAAGCACGUGGAGAAGUCUGCGGUCUUCACCCUAACUGAGCUUGCUGCUGCUACGAAAAAUUUUUCCUUAGAGAACAAGAUUGGGAGAGGGAGUUUUGGGACCGUGUAUAAAGGGAAACUUCCUAAUGGUUGUGAAGUGGCCAUUAAGAGGGAAGAAAUUUGCACCCAAAAGGAUAGAGGAAACGCUUUCGAGUCAGAAUUGAUGUUCUUGUCUCGUGUUCACCACAAGCAUUUGGUGGGUCUAGUUGGGUUUUGUGAAGAGAAAAAUGAAAGGCUUUUGGUUUAUGAGUAUAUGAGUAAUGGGGCGCUCCAUGAUCACUUGCAUAGCAAGAACACGCCGCAUAGUAGUAGCACUAGCCCAUUGAAUUCUUGGAAGAUGAGAAUCAAGAUUGCUUUAGAUGCUGCAAGAGGGAUUGAGUACCUUCACAAUUAUGCGGUGCCACCUAUAAUUCAUCGAGAUAUCAAGAGUUCAAACAUCCUUUUGGAUGCAAAUUGGGUUGGAAGAGUUUCUGACUUUGGCUUGUCUAUGAAGGGUCCCGAGAAUAAGGAAGGGAGCAUGUCAAUCAAAGCAGUUGGGACAGUAGGGUACAUCGAUCCAGAGUACUAUGUUCUAAAAGUUUUGACAACCAAGAGCGAUGUGUAUGGUUUUGGGGUGGUUUUAUUGGAGCUUUUAACGGGAAAGAAGGCUUUAUUUAAGGAAGGCGAACAAAGGGGCCCCACAGGGGUGGUGGAGUACACGGGCCCCUUCAUCGUGGCUGGGGAAGUGUGGAGGGUGUUAGAUAAGCGGGCAGAGAUGCCGGUGAUGAACGAGUCUGAGGCCAUUGAGCUGUUGGCUUACACCGCAAUGAUGUGCGUGAAUUUGGAAGGGAAAGAGAGGCCAACGAUGUCUGAUGUAGUUUCCAACUUGGAGAAGGCCUUAACUCUUUGUAAAGGCAACUCUGGUACUUUUUCUCCCGACUUCAUUCAUUUUAGUUGAAUUGAAUGCCUCAGCAAAUAUUGCUUGGAGUUGUUUCUCUAAUUUCUACCACUUUUGGUUGAUUUUGUUUUUCUUUCACCUUUUUUUCUUCGUUUGUUUUAGUGCUUCCCCUUCUUAGCCUACUAUUUAAUUAGUGUAAAUGAAGAUAUGUUGGUAGAAUUUGAUUAUUGAAGGUAACAUUUGCAUGAGUGUGAGAUGUUUGUAUCUUUUCUGACAAUCUCAACAAGUUGGUACUUAGUUUAGUUGGUAAAUUAUCUUGUGGUGAUAACUAAGAUUUGGGAUUGAAUCUUAUUUCUGUCCUUUGUGGCUCUCUACACGCCAAAGAGAAAAAAACAAAGUUGUACAAACUGAUUAAGUCACCCCCUCGAAUAUCAUGAAAUGACUUAAUUUUUUUUGAUGUACAACAAUUUUUUCGUUCUCUCUCCACCACUCAAAUUAAAAGAGUAUUUCUAGACUUCUAAGCAAAUGCGAAAUUCUUUUAGGACAUCCCAAAUUAGUAUAUGCCACUAUAUUCCUUUUAACGAUUUUUUAUGGGGAUGAGUCCUAUAAAAUACUAUGUACCGAAACAUGGCUAAUUUUUUUAUUGGGAUGAUAUUCUAGUCCUACAAAGUAUCAUAUUAAACUUAUCAAUAUAAGUAUGACUAAUUUAUAAGUUCCUUAUACAACAUACAAUAUGUCUUUUAAUGUUUUCUCCGCUUUUUAGUACUCGCAACGUUGAAAUGUGCACGAGUACCAAGGAGAGGAGGGAGAUAGAGAGAGAUUAAAAGAAAAACCCCAAUAUGCUAGGAGAGAGGAAAAGAGAAAAUAAAAUGUCAACGUUGCAAGUAAUAGAGAACUUCAUAAAAUGAGAAACAUUGCAAGUAUUAGAAAUUAGUAUACUGAGAAUGUAACCAGAGAAUUUUUGGCCUAGGGAUUUCCUGAAACAAGUCUCAGAAGUUAGAGGAAAGCAUGAGCAUUGCUUCUUAGAGGGGAAGCCAAUCAUAAAGCUAAGAUUCAUAUUGACAAGCUGACCUCCUUACUUUGAAAAUUAUAUUUGUUGGCAAAGAUGUGGAGCAGUAAUAUGUACUACUAUACCUCUUAUUUAAAACAUCUAGGAAAGCACUGUUUAAGCAAACUAAAUGAAAUCAAGUAUUAAGAUAUAGGACUAUGGUAGUACUAAUUAGAAUUAUAUGAAGAUAAUGUCCAACAAUUAGUUGAAUAAUCAUUAACCAAACUUUUAUUAAUUAUCCUCUUUUGAAGAUUUCAUAGAAAAUGCUUCCUCUUAGAUACACCUGAUGUUGGUACACAAGAUCAGAAAAUCAGCAAAUGAUGCUGUCAGUCAAGCUGAAAGACCAUAAGCAGUCUUGCAGAUCUGUGACUGUAAGGCACAAGGCUAGAGUAAGUUAUUUUUCAGUAAUUUGAAACCACAUAAGAAGUUUAACAUACUUGUAUUUCUCUCCUUUCUUAUUAUAUAACGGAAUUGCUCGGAUGCCACUCCGAAGCUCUGACACAGGCAAGCAAGUUUGGCCGCCAAAGUCAUGCCUUCGACUCAUGCUGUAAUCACGAACUUCAAUUCUCAAGAGGGCGAGUUCAGGUUCUGUUAUCUGGAACUCGAACUCCUCGUUCCAGUGUGGGACCCACUGAUCUCCAACAGCAAUCGUCUUCACCUUCUUUUUAUCAGCUGGGACUCCCAAUAUAUGAA